AUGGUAGGCCUCGGCGGCAGCCUCGAUACGCCGCGAACAAAUGCUGGCGACGCGACUUACCUCGAACGACCGCCGGAUUUUGACGUCUCGCAAGAGAUGUCCUUUCAAUCACCGGCCAAAGAUGGCAAUAUCUUUGACCAGAUGCGCAAUGGCGGCAAGCCAAAUCUUCGGACACCUCGCGGUGGCAGCGGAGCGCGCGCCCCUUUCAGCAAUCGGCAAAACCUCCCCGAAGGAAUUGGGGGUGUCGAGUUUACGCCCCUCCUCAAAUCGGCAACGCGAAACAGCGCGCGGCGCGGAUACCGGGGCAAGGAAAAUGGUGCGGCCGGCGCUGUGCCGUUCUCGCUCGGCAAAAUUGAUGAAGACGACACCACAAUUCCAGUACCCGGCGCCAUGGACCUGAGCAGCUUCGGCGUCUCGCGCAAUAUGUCCUAUGUCGAGAGCACACCGCUACCACACAUUGACAGUAGCAGCAUCGCGUCUACACCCAUUGCCAUACGGCCACGCGGCGACAACAAGGACAAUGGGGGCCCACUCCAAGAUGGGAACCAGCUUUCUCUUCGAGAACAGGAGAACGUCAUCGAUAGAAUCGAAAAGGAGAAUUUCGGGCUCAAACUGAAGAUCCACUUCCUCGAGGAGGCUCUUCGCAAAGCUGGGCCAGGAUUCAGCGACGCGGCCCUUAAGGAGAAUACCGAGCUCAAGGUCGACAAAGUCACGCUUCAGCGCGAACUACAGCGUUGCAAGAAGCUACUCAUCUCAGCUGAACAGAAUCUCGAAACCUAUCGGCAGGAAAUGCUCAGCAUGCAGGAGAAAAUAGAGGUGCGGCAAGCCGAUGAGGUCCUCCACGCCGAGCUGGAGCGUCUGCGUGACGAGCUGGCGGCCAAAGAUGCAGACAUCGAAGAGCUGCAACGCAAAGUCGACGAGCAAAGCGAAAAGGCACGUGAGGAGAUCGAGGACCUUGAGGCGGACCUGCGCGAGAAGGACCGCAUUAUCUCACAAAAAGAAGAGGAGCUCGAAGACUUCCAGGUCUCCAUGGAAGCCCGCAUGGAAGAGAACCGUGAACGGAUAGCCGAGCUGGAGGAGAAGGCCAACUCCAGCGACAAGCUGGACGAGGCCAAGGAGACCAUCGACGAUCUAGAGGCAGACAUCCGGCGCCUUGAGCAGCAAGUUGACGACAUGAAGGACAAACUCGACGAAGCGGUAACGGAGAGGAAGCGGGCCGAGGAGGACCUCGAGGAGCUGCAGGAGGAAAUGGCCAACAAGUCGGUCCACACCAAGGGCCUGUCUCGGCAAGUCGAAGAGAAAGUCGCACGCCUUCAGGGAGAGGUCGAAAAAUCCCAGCGCGAGCUCUCGCAGCUCGAGGAGAAGCACGAGGAGCAGCAAAGGGAGGCCGAAGACCUGAAACUGAAGCUCAAGGAAGCGCGGGUAGCACGCGACACAGCUGAGCGGGAGGCAUUGGCCGCAACAUCCCAGUUAAAGGAAGCUCACGCUGACCUCAACAUGGCGCGCGACCAGAAGACACUUCUGCAGACCCGCCACGACACUCUGGCAAACGAAUCUGCAAUCCUGCAGCGCGACGUGUCCCGGCUGCAGAAGGCGGUGGCCCAGUUGGAGGGUGAUCUUGAACUGGAGCGCCAACACAGCUCGGAAGUGGAGCAGGACUUGGGUGUUCAGUUCAAGGCCGAAAUGGAGCGCUUAAACAAACACAUCAUCGACCUUCAAACGGAAAUUAGCGAAAAGGAGCAUCUCUACGAUAUUGACAGCGAGAAAUGGGACACGGAUCGCGAGCAUUUAGAGUCCGAGCGAAACCGACUGCAACAGACGAUCAACCGGCUUCGGGAAACUGAAGGCGCUCUGUCCGGCAAAGAGGCACAGCUGCAGGAGCUGAUUGACAGCGAACGUAUGCGUCAUGAAUCUGAGGAAAACAUUCUGCGACACCAGCUAGAGAACUUGCAAACCCAGCUCGAUACACGGCAGGGAACAUUGGACGGCCUCCGCAAGGAACUUGCUUCUGUACGUGACGAGCUUCGCUCCUCACAACUUACUGGCCAAGCCUCAAAGAACAAGUGCGAGCGGCUCGAGGAUGAGGUCGAAGCCUUACAACUCUCCCGCAAGCACGAGGCUGAGCAAGCGCGCCAUGAGAAGGAUGUUGCUGAGGAGGAGCGCGAUAGUCUCCGGAAGCAGCUGGCGGUAUUGCGAACAAGCGGUGCCAGUGCGUCAUCCGCGACAAACGCCGUAACAGCACUUCAAGAAUCAGCGGCGAGCACUGCGCAGCAGCAUAGAGAACAGAUCGACCGUAUGCGGGCACAAAUCACGGAAUCAGCAACGAACGUGGCGAGGAUCACCAAGGAGAAGCAAGGUCUGCAGGACCAACUCGCCAACAUCAACAUAGAACUCCACUCGCUCCGCGCAUCACUUUCCGAGACGAAGGCGGAACGAGAUGAGAUCCAGGAGCAACUGCGUCGCUCCCAACAACACGACGGAGACACGUUCCGCGUCGACCAAGAACGUAUCGAUCUCCGGACUACCAAGAUGAAACUUGACAGCGAGGUCCGGCGACUACGGGAGGAAAACAAGUCUCUAGCUGAGCAGUGCCAGUCUUUGGAGACUACGCUGGAAGAAGAGCUCGAGAAGGCGGCCAACGAGGAGGAGCGGCUUGGCCAGGAGGUGCGCCACCUUCAAAGCUUGCGCCUGCGGAGCUCUACUACGGAGAGUCAAGAGCUCCAGGCCGCACGGCGAACGAUCCGCGAUCUUGAAAGGCGAAUUGAGGACUAUGAAGUUGCAGCGGCCACUGCGGCAGUGCUGCCACCAUCAGCGAACGCAGCCGACGUCGACGACACCAACACCGGCGAACUGUCCCUGAUGCGCCGCGACCUAUCGGCCGCUCGUGCCAAGGAACGCGAGUAUCUGCAGCGCGAGGCCACACACAAGGAAGCGGUCAAAUCACUGCGGCGCCAGAUUGCAGACCUCGAACGGGCAGCACAUGAAGCCGAUUUGAAGCGCUUGAUGGUCUCCUCGGAAUCCACGGAAGAUGUCGGGUCCAUUAUGUCCCCGUCGUCAUCUGCGGCACGGAAAGCCGAAAUUGUGCAGCUGCGUGAACAGAUGCUAGCAGCGCACCAGUCUGUGGCGGAUAUGAAACAAACCCUCCGCGAAUCGGAGCGGCACGCAGAGUCAUCAGCGGCAACUGCCAAGGAACUUGAAUUGCGGAUCAGUGAAGUGGAGGAGGAGCGUGUCAUCUUGGAGCAGGCACUUGACGAGGCUCAGGAAGCCAUGGCCGAGGCUGCAUCGGCGCACGAAAUGGCGCUCCGGCGGGUUCAGGCGAAGCUCGAGCGGUACCGGCACGAACGCGACGAACUUGCGCUGGCUUUGGAAGAUGCCCAACAUAACAAGGCCGGGUCAGACUCCGAGUCUGUGUCAAGCGAAAUGAGCCGUGAGGAACGCAGCAACCUUCAUGCCAUGCUACGCAAGACUCAGGUUGAAGCUGAGGCUCUCGAACACGAUUUGCGGGAUCACCGGACUGCCUUGGACGAGGCUGUGCGUUCGGAGGAGGCACUUCGCGCCAAGCUCGAACGUGUACGUGGUGAGCGGGCAGCUUUCCGCGCAGAUGUUGAGCGCCUGCAGCGCGAAGUUAAUGAUCUCCAGGAGACAGCCAGCAAGACCAGGGCCGCGAUGCACUACGGCACAAACAGCGACGCGCCAACCAAUACCCGCGAGCUUGUCCUUGCCGCCGCCUCGGCCGGCCAGCACAAUGGCAAUGCCGACACCGAUGCAUUGGUGCGCGCGUCGGAGGAGCAGAGCAACCGCCAUCGGAAGGAGUUGCGUGGCCUUGGUAUGCAAAUCGACUGGAUGCAGGCCCGGUGGGAGCGUGAGGCGCGACUUCGGUGUGGCGCCGUCUUGGGCAAGCAGCUCGUGUCGCAGGAUCUGGAGAUGCGAAUUAAGUGCAACAAGGCAGAUCUACAAAUGCUGCAGGGCAUCCUGCAACAGCUGGGUGUCAAGCAGCCUGUUCUCCAAUCGGCGAGCAUCGACCUAGCGGCGGGCAGCAAGGGCCUCGUUACCAAGUCAGCUCGCAAGACGCUGCGUCGUGUGGUCCUGGCCGUGCAGUUUAUGGUGCGUACACAGCGGGCGGCCGGCGCAUGGUCGCAGCACGAGGCAACGCGGCAGCGACUGGCCACGGCAGCUGAGGGUGUCCGCAAAGCCGAACGGAUGCAGCAGAUGCGGGCAGCAUGGCGCGUGCAGCUUGCGACCGCGGCAUCGUCUGGGACGAGGCAGUAA